AAAGAGAAUUGAAAUGAGGCUCUGAGGCUGCAGGUGAAGCGGAUCUCAGAAGAGAGGAUCAUGGACACGUGAAAGGACAGGAAGAGCUGAGGAGCGGUGGGAGAGCAGGAGCCAAGGAACGGACGGCAUUUGUUAGAGAAGCACGCGCGUGGAAAUGGACACUGCUGAGUAACUUCACCGCACUUCCGGUUUGUUUAUUUACCUGUGCCGUGUGUGUGUGUGUGUGUGUGUGUGUGUGUGCGCGCUCGCGUGUGUGUGACCAUGAGGCGACUCGGGGGCGCGUGCCAACUGCUGCUGCUGCUGAACUCUUGUCCUCUAUGGAGCGGCGCGCGAGACACCGCACCUGGUUCAGUCUUUGACUGUUGUGAAGCCAAUGUCCUCAUUCUGCUGGAUUCAUCCGGAAGCAUCUCCUUCUACGAGUUCUCCCACAUGCUCCACUUCCUGGCCAGCUUGCUCCGCCCCUUCCAAGUCGGGCGUGGCCACCUCAGAGUGGCGCUGGUGCAGGUGGCCACAGAGCCGCGAGUAGAGUUUGACUUCAAUGCCCACAGCAGCCAGAAUGCUUUGCAGGACGCGUUACUGGGAACACCACAGCUUCGUGGAGACACCAAGACGGAAAGUGCACUGCUAUUGGCUCAGAGGUUACUGUGGCAACCGGCAGGGCAGGGAGCUCUGCACAGAGUGCUCCUGUGGAUCACAGACGGGGUGGAGCCAGGGAAUGUCGAAGGUCCAAUAGCAGCGUUGCAUAAAGAAGGUGUGUCUGUGCUGGCCGUUUCUACUGGACACACUAAUUACCAGGUGUUUAGUAAAGUUGUGACUCCGCCCAUCAACCAACACCUGUACUUCGUCGAUCCUGAUUACAUGGACAUCAUCAGCACAGAACUGAGAGAAGCAAUCACAGAGCUGAUCUGCACAGAGUGUCUCGACGUACGUGACGUGACAUCCCAUAGUGCCAUGCUGCACUGGAGGCCUGUUCUGAAUGAUGGACGUGGCGAGUAUGAGCUGCAGUACGGUCAAAAGCACUGGAGCAUAGACUCACACCGGAAACUCACCCUAUCACAAGAGCACACCUGGCUCGAACUGACUGACCUGCAGCCUGAUACACACUACAGCGUCCGGCUCACAACACACACCCAUCAUACGACACACACACCCACCAGCAAGACGCUCAGCAGAGCCUUCAAAACCCUGCCAGAUGUGUUGCGUCCUGACAUGAACGUGUUGCGUCCUGAGACAGUGACAGUGUCGGAGUCGGGUCCGGACCGGCUGCGUGUAAGCUGGACCCUGGUUCCAGGACGGGUCGAUCGGUACCGGGUGGAGUUUGGGGCAAUCCCACGCGGGGACGUACGCUCUAUGAUGUUGUCUGGGUCUCAGAGCAGCGUUUUGCUCACACAGCUUCACCCUGACACACAUUACCUCAUCACCAUCAUCGCCCUGCACUCCUCCGGCCAGGAGGGGGCGAUCUCUGUCAAAGCCUGCACUCAAGAGGUUUUCUCAGCAGUACACGACCUUCGGCUGACCCCCAUGGGCCCGGACACUCUGAAAGUGGACUGGGCGACUCAGGAGCAAGGGGCAGGACUUCAGGGUUACUGGGUGAAGUGGGAGACGAGGGAACACUCUUCAUCCUCAUCCUUAUCAUCACGGUACCUGCCUGCUCAGACGCUCUCGACCGUACUGACACACCUGAAACCCAGCACCCGGGUUUGUGUGUCUCCUGUGUACAGGACGGCGGCUGGGGAAGGGCUGUGCUGCACUGCACAAUCACACACAGCUGCCUGAGGAACAGAGAGAAGCUUCCAGACUCCAGAGGAAGAAGAGAGCCUGGCGUUUGGUCUGCUGUGGAGGAGGAACAUUUCACUGAAGGACAUGAUUCUGAGAGAAUAGCUUUUAUAUUCAUCAGCAGAACCCAGCGAUGAUAAUAAAUAUUACUGCACAUUCUUUCAGA